AUGAUUGAUAAUCCAGACUGCACCAAGCUUCCGAAAAAGGUCAAUACCCUUUUGUUUAGAUUCACUCUGCAAUUGAUCUGCAGCAAACUCGUGGGUAGCUUCGAGCAGAAUUUUGUGGCACUGGUCCAUGACCUUAUCGCCUUCUGGUGGAAUCAGCUUGUCCAACCAUGCUGGCAAGAUACUAUGUCAAAGAAUACGGGAUCUCUUUUCAUGGAUGCUGGAAAAUAUGAUCUCCACCACUUCAAAGGAAUCCAAGUUCUUGCCUUUGACUAUCUGAGGAUCACAACCAAGAGCGAUGUUACUAGAAAUGUCCAGUGA